UUAAAACUGAUGCUAAUGUUUAGCUUUUGAUGUGAGAUUGUUAGUGUGUUGUCUACUUUUUGAAUUUUUUCUGUGUGACUUACAUUUCAACGUGUGGGAAAUUCAUCUUAUCGUGUUAUUUACUGACUUAGGAAAAAAGUUUGGACCUUUAACUUCAGCCAUAAAAAAAACUAAGGUCACUGUUAAUGUUACCGUUGGAAUUUAAGGUUGAAAUAGAAGAUGAAAGGCUGGAUUGUAGUAGGAAUAUCAGGUGUUACUUGUGGGGGCAAAACUACUUUAGCUGCAAUGUUGCAAAAAUCCAUCACUGGAAGUGUAGUUCUCUCUCAGGAUGAAUUCUUUAGGGAAGAAUACAGUGACAAGCAUGAAAUGAUUCCAGAGCUUCAGCAUGCUAACUGGGAAAGUUUGUCAAGCAUUGAUUGGAAUAAUUUAAUGACUAAACUAUCUGAACUGAAGAGCCAUGAGCCUCCUUCUGGAAACCCACUAAUAAUAGUUGAGGGGCAUCUGAUAUUUAAUUAUCUGGUUCGAAUGUACAGUCCACCUGACCCUCCUGGUUAUUUUGAUAUGUGUGUCUGGCCAAUGUAUUUGAAGAACAAGAAAGAAAUUGAAGAAAAUGUGAUGGGCAUAGUAAUUUUUGAUGGAGCAGAAGAAACAAUUUCUAUCCUUGAGAAAAUUCUAGAUGAUAUUGGAGUAAAGCAAGAUACUUGAAAUUACUUCUUCUAUAUAAAAACCACAUCUGUUUUACUGCAAUAAGUUAAACUUGUGUUUUACACCAAUACUCAUGAAGCAUAGUAUUUUAAGUGUAAUUGUAUACUUUUUUAAUACUCAUACACAAUGACUAAAAAAAUUAAUAAACUAAAAAUUAUUUAGUCCUUAUGAAAAUGAUUUCUUACAGUUUCAGAAAGUUAAGUGCAAUUAAUUAUAAUAUGUUUUCAGAACCUUAGGAACUAUUUCCCAUGUUUUUCAUUGUGCUAAAAGUCCAAUGGUCAUACUUGUACAUUAUUGUUUGACACUACAAUUUCCAUUGUUAAAACUUAUGUGAAGGAUGGUGAAGUCAGUCUUGAACUAUACAUGUCAACAAGAUCCUCCACUGUACUAGAACAUUCUAUUUCAAAUCAUAUUUAAACAGACCAAAGGCACAAAACUUCAUUCAAGUUGCAUCAAAUGGAUUUGAUGGGUAUGUGGUCAAAUGGGAUUGCUGUGAUUCUUACUUUUAGGGACAUAUCAGAAUGGUUGUUAAAUUCCAGGUGUGCCUGAAAGCUUAUGAAUCUUUAUUAGUGACAUAAAAUUGAUAACCAUUUUGUUAACAGUACCAGCAGAUAUUCUUAGUUUCAUUGAAAUGGUUUUCUUGAAAUAGAAGGUUUCCUUUUGCAACUGUAGCUUUCACUCUACGGGUGAAGAUUUUGCUUGAAAAUAUGCUUGUAUUGGGGGUUUCUGAACCUAUUAUUACUCAUAACACCCUUCUGUGUUAGUGCUUUUCACUUCCAUAAAAGUUCCCAUCUUUAAAACCUUUAUUUUCAUUUUUUGCGACUUCAGAACCUUGUUAGAUGACUAUUCUUUCUCAUAAAGGGCUGCAACUUAUUCCUGUAGCCAUCAGUCUGCUUGUUUCAAAUGGUCCCAAAUUAUGUCCUCAAGAAAUUAAUGUUGCUUUUUCUUAGAUGAAAAUACCCGAACAACUUAUAUAUCGAAACAAACCAUUCAUUAAAUGAAAUAGUCUCCA